AUAUUUCGUGGCAGCGGCAGCCCCGAGGUGGGAGCAGGAGUGAGACGCCCCGGGGCGUGACGCGGGCGGCCACAGACCGUGUGACAGGCUAUACCAAAGAUCACAAGAGGAGACGCGCCUUGUAGUCAUGGCGUGACUGGCCAUAGUGACGGCUUGUGUGGCGGCUAUUGUGGGCUGAAGCGGCGCGCCUUGUUCUUAUUGUCACGCUUACGCCUCUUCAUCGCGCCGCCGCGGGCUUCGAGCAGGCCACACCACCCACUUCCCCCCAUGCUGCCAGGAACGCCGUCGAGGACUGCAAACCGUCGCGAUGUACGCCGCAGGGGCCGCAGGAGCCCCGCCGCCCGCUCAACCUCCUUAUUAGGAUCGCUCAAAAGUUUUAUCGCGACCCCGCUGUCGUGGUUCACGUCCUCGGAGGACCUCACGGAGGACUUUGAAGACACGCCCGGAAAACGACGCAGGAACCACGAAGUCGCUGACCGCGAUGUCCGGGAGCAUGAAGAGGGCGAUUCGCGGGCCAAGCGGCAGCGCGUACACAGUCCAGAGCCCGAGCCUCAGCAGCGGCACCACCUCCAGAACGUACAGCCCACUGCGGGCUACCUCGAUGUUCCGCAGGAGUUGAUAGCCAACCACAAUGUCCCACCUCGUCUGUCGAUGGGCCACACGCGGUCAUCGUCGCUGGUCGCAAUACCCCCGCGCCAGCCCGCGGUCCGCGUUGACCGCCACUCCCUCUCCCCCCUCGCCGGCCCGUCCUAUGCGCAACCGGUCAGCAUGUUGCGAACGAUGUCGAUGGACCCCCCAACAGGAUACCGCCCCCGCGCACUCUCGCGCGAUGUAUCGAUGGAUGCCGCCUCCGUGGCGAUGACGCCGUCGCGCACGCCGUUUCAGGUGCGCUCGCGCGCCUCGAUGACCCCCCAGCAGUCUGGCCAGGUGUUCGGUCCCUCCGUCCUGCGUCGUGACCGCGAGACGUCUGAGCCCCCACCCAUCGAGACCUUGGGGUCUAAGCCCGUAUUCGUGAAGGCCCCGCCACAGUCGCAGUCUCAGCAGAUGCUCGCGAUGGAGCCGACGCUGACCCUUGGGUCCUUGGCUGAGGCCCAGCCGCGGACACGGCGCAUGUCGCCCUUCGGCGAUGUAUCGCAGAGUCGCUCGUCACUCGGGCAGAGCAGCUCCAUGCUCAUGUCUCGCUCGGGUUCCCUUGACGGCGGUCGCUCCCGCGUCGAGAACCCCGCGCAGAAGGCGCUGGAAGACCUGGACGUGUACAAGACACCGCUCCUGCCCACGCGCCUGCGUGGCUCGCCAGGCAUUCCCGACAUGUUCAAGACCAAAAAGAUGCCCAUUCCUGUGCUCAUGGCCGGCGAGCACGACAAGAAGAAGCGUCUGGGUUCUGCCGAGAAGGAGGAACCGGGCGCGAAGCCGUACGCUGGAAAGGGCGGCAUGAAGAAGCUGUUGAUGAGGAGGAAGCAGGAAGAGAGAGAGGAACGCGAGAAUGACCAGGAGUCCGCUAUGGAAGAUGAGCAGGACGAGGGCCCAAGCAAGGUUGCGCAACAGAAGGCACCAGAGUCGCGCGACGUGCCCCAUCUUUCCCGUCUUACUGUUCCCGAAUUCCCGCCUGCUCCUGAGGCAGGCAGACCUUCCUCCCUGCGCGUUGGUCGCAACAAGAUCACACGAUCCCAUGCACCGUCCGCGCAGCUCGGCAAGAACCGGUUCUCUGCCUUUGACGAAGAAGAUGCCGAUGAUGCCAUGCUCACAUCUGAGGACGGUCACGGCCAGGCAGAGGCACCCAAGCCACCCUCUCUCUUCCAGGCUCCCGCCGGGUUCAGCUUCUCUAAGGACACCGCCCCGAUCAAGCUCGACGCGAGCACUUCCAAGGAGCCCCCGAUUGCCUCGCUGCCGUUCUCUUUCAGCAAGCCUAGCUCGGACUCGCUCCAGGCCAGCACCGCGAGUGCACCCUCCGUCCCGCAGGUACCCAAGGAUGUCGGACAGCACCCGAAUGUCCCACCAAGUGGGUUUUCGCAGGUCCCGACGGGCGCAGCUGGACCUGCUCCACCUGCGACUGCUACUGCUCCAGCGACGCCCGUGCUGCAAUUGACACCACCUACGCCUGGCCCGACCACCACACCAGCGCAAACCUCAUCAACGGUUUCAGCGGGCGAGAAAGCAGGGGCUGAGAAGGCGCCCGCAGGGAUACCCAACUUCUUCGCGAACUCGGCGAUGCUUUCGAAGCCGGCGCCCCCGAUCACGCUGCCUGCGGGUAUGUCGCUCUUUGGUAGCUCUCCGUCGACCGCUACCACUACUGCGCCAGCGGGUACCACGGCUGCUGCCCCUAGUACGGCAGCGCCCACCGCGACAAGCGAGGCCAAGAGUGCAGAGCAGAAGGAAGCUCCCAAGUCGUCUCCGUUCGGCUUCGGCUUCGGUGCUGCGUCUACGGACGUAGGUGCUCGCGCGGCGGGCUCAGCCACGGGUUUGCUCCCUUCGCCGUUCGGUGCAACGGAACUCCCCUCGGGCACGGCGUCCACAUCAGCGCAAAAGGCUUCGUCGGAAGCAAGUGUGCCAUCGACUUCCGGGGUAGCUGCUUCUACAUCGAUCUUCGGGGCUGCGCCUGCAAAGUCUGCUGAGCAACCCGGUUCUUCCGGGACAUCCUUUAUCUUCGGUGCGCCAGCGAAGGCUGUCCAACAACCCUCUGCCUUGUUCGGUUCUGCGCCGCCUAAGCCAGCUGAGCCAGCUAGCACUACUGCUGCGGCUGCUUCAACUACCACUACUUCGUCGGCAUUCGGUUUCGGUGCCCCCGCGAAGCCGGCGGAGAAGCCGGCCACAUCCACCCCGUUCAACUUCGGUGCUCCUGCGAAAUCAGCGGAGGCAUCCAUGCCGUCGCUGUUGGGUCCGCCUGCUAAUAUUGAGAAGCCAGCGGUACUCACCUUCGGUCAGCCCAAGGAGCAACAGGCGAAAGCGCCCGAAGCGACGUCGACUCCGGCGCUUGAACGACCGAACCCCUCGCCCUUUGGCGGCUCGUCGACUUCGUUCGGCGGAUUUGGAGGCACUGCAUCCACUAGUACCGAGCCGGCGAAGUCGUCCUUCCCCUUCGGCCAGCCCACCGCAGCCUCCCAGCCCGCUGCAACUCCAGCUGUGCAGGCUCCAAAGCCCCUCUUUGGUGGCUCGUCUGGUAGUUUCUCGUUUGGUGCUCCACCGCAAACGAGUGCUGCGCCAGCGGAGCCCGCUGCUCCUGCGAAGUCGCCCUUCUCCUUCGGCUCGUCGCCGGCCACACCGCCCGCUACAUCCACGGACAAGCCGGCGUUCACGUUUGGACCAGCGAGCGGCACGUCCUCUGCUCCGCAGCCGUCGAUGAUAUUCGGUGGUCCGACGAGUGGUAGUCAUGGUGCAGAUGUCUCAAGCAAGCCGUUCGCAUUUGGCGUCGCUGCUGCUGCGCCGGCGCGUCCGACGACUCCGCCUCGCGUUGAGCAAGAAGUGAAUAUGGAUGAGAGCCCCGUCCGUGGAGCUGGCAUGGAAAUGAACGGCCAUGGUGGUGCGAAGGAGCCGUUGAAGCUCACGACCGGGUUCUCGUUCGGCUCGACGAGUGGAUCUUCGCCGUUCGGUCAGAGCGCGCAGGCCCCGUCCUCUGGCCCCUUCGCAUUCGGUGGCUCGUCGGGUGGCCCGGGCAUCUUUGGCGGCGCGAAGACGGAGAACAAGCAGGAGACGAAACCUUCGUCUGGCUUUGGCUUUGGUCAACCGAGCGGAUCCGGGUUCUUCGGACAGAAGCCUGCAGAUGUCCCCGCUCCUUCUGCCUCUCCUGGCGCUUUCGGCGGCUCGAAUGGGUUCGGACAAAGCUCUGCCCCACCGAGUGCAUCCGCGCCGUUUGGCUUCGGUCCAUCGACGUCCGGCGGUAGUACUGGUGGAUUUGGACAAGCUGGUGCGACGUCCACCACUCCCAGUCCCUCCACCUUCGGGUCAUCGGCCCCAUUCUCGUUCGGCGUGACGCCAACAUCCACAACAGCUCCGUCGAAUCCUUUCGGGUUCGGUAGCCAACCUGCGUCUCCAGCGACGGCGAACCCUGGCUUACCGUCAUCGUCGGGAACAAGUUCACAUUUCCAGUUUGGUCAGCCUGCACAAGCACCCGCACCCUCUCCGGCCUCGCCGUUCGGCGGUACAUCGGCCUUGCCACCUGGUGGCGCAGUCUUCAAUGUCGGAGCUGCGUCAGCACCUGCACCCGCAGGUGCAAGACCUGUGAAGAGAUUGCCUACUCGUAGGGGUGGAAAGCGUUAACCAUCUCAUUUCUCGUCUCAACUCUCUCAUCUUGUCCUCACAAUUGUCCUCUCUGUGCUACCUCUCGUCAUCUCUCAAAUAACUCAUCGCAUCAUAUGUUUUUUCUCGCUUGACCGUGCCCUGGAACGUUUUCUCGCUCGUCAGUUGCUCUGUCGGAUCCGAUUGUCACAGGCUGAAGGCCAUACGUACACAUCAUCGCAUCGCAUUAUCCGCAUUAUAGGUAGGUAGAACAUUGGCAUUACUCAC